AUUCUAAUUCAAAAUUCAAAGCGUUUGGUUUUUCCCAAAUCCUGUUCUUCAGUUUGCUGUAUGUGUCCUGCACUCCCGACCAUGGCAAUAGUACCAAUUACCAACAUCCACUCUAUACGAGUGAAUCCUCUCCAGGGUCUAGAAUUCUUUUACGUUCCAUUGCAGUAUGGUGUGCACUUGACCACGACUUUGAUUUCGGCCAUCGGGAACUUUUUGUAUCGCCUGUGGUCGCCGCCCUUGAGGAGAAGUUGUUGAUCCCAAUUUACAAUUUCUUUAGCCGAUAUGCUAUUUGGAUCUCUUUUGUAGAUGCUAUGUAGUUUUCUGUAAGUUAUUUCUAAACCGACCCACGGUGCCACAGAUGCAGUAGAAGCCUCAGCAAAGGAGAGGUUAAAGAAGCCAGACUUGGACACCAAAUGGAAUGCGAAGCUGCGGAGGGACGCGAUUCGAGCGAGGCAGAUGAAGAAGAUGUUAGCCCAAGCGGAUGCAGAAGUAAAGUACGAAGAGGACAAGGGUCCAUGACCAGGACCAGUCUGGACUGGAGGCGCUGCCAUGGAUCGGGAGGAGGUCGAGGAGCAGCAGGGCGAUGGGAAUUCGAGAAGGGGCAGCAUCAUCAGCAACAGCAGCAUAAACAAAACGACCAUCAGAGCCGCAGGAACGGAAGAACCAUACACUGGACGAAAUCAAACCAAAGUAAGGAAGGAUGAUACUUCAAACUACUUUUACAUUUUGGACAAUUAAUAAUAUGCUGUGAAAAAAUAAAUAAUAUAAAUAAAAGUGU